AUGUCCGACGAAAACACCCACACGGCGGCCGUGCUCACGGUGUUCAAUACGAAUGCCAUGGGUGCGUAUCUAGGGUUGCAGACGGUGCUGCUGAAUCAUUCGUGUGCACCGGAUGCGUAUGCGGGGUUCGAGGAGGGGCGUGGCGAGAUUAGGGUGCAUGCGCUGCGGGAUAUACAGAUUGCUGAGGAAAUUUGCAUAUCGCAUCUAGAGGGUAGUGCGUUGUUUGAGUCGAUCAACUUGCAUCGCGGAAUAUUGGUCCUCCAGCGCGGCUUCCUGUGUCUGUGCGAUGCGUGUAUGGAUGUCGAGGAGCGUGAGCUCACGGGGCGGGAGGCGCGCGAGGAGAAGCUGCGCGCGAAUCUACGAGGGCUGACCGCGAAGUAUCGGCGGAACAAGGCUACGUUGAUCGAGUAUUUUGGGAUAAAGGGUCAUAUGGGCGUGGAUCCUGGAUUUGCGACGUUCUUGGCGAAGGUUGGCGCGGCAACUAUGGAGGUUUUGGAGAAGUUAGGGUUUGCGACCAUUGAGACUUUGGAGUGGCCCAUGGUCGAGGACGAGGAGAUGCGCUGGAGUACCUUUGAAGAGUCCAGCGAAGAGGAGGACAACUCCAAAGAUGACGACUACGUUGACUGA